AUGCUGCGCAGGUGGUGGGCGGGGCCUCUUCAUGGAGCUCCAGCCUCUGCCCACCCCAGCCCUGCCCCUUGCCAACCACGCCCUGUCCCGCCUUCCCUGGCCCCGCCCAGGCUGAGUGGCCAGCAGCACAGUGUCAUCACCGGUGUGGCCAUCUUGAGGCCACUGUGGCAGAGGCAGCUUCAGGAGCCGAGUUCCACAUGCCCAGAGGCCCCAGAGGCGGAAGGGGACCCAGAAGCAGAAGUGGAAUUGUCACUGUUCCACGAAGAGACCCGUGUGACAUUCUCGCGGCUAUCAGAGCCACUGCUCUGCCAAUACGUGGAGAGCAGGGAGCCUCUGGACAAGGCUGGCGCCUAUGGGCUUCAGGCGCGAGGCGGUGCCCUAGCAGAGCGCGUGGAAGGGGAUUUCUUCAAUACCGUGGGGUUUCCACUCAACCGCUGCAUGCGUGAGCUGGCUGCCAUCUUCCCGGAUGUGGGACCACAUGUCCCUGUCAGCCAGCAUCCGGCCACACCCAAAUAAUGAGGAUUGUAGAUGGAGAAUGAGUAUGUGAGUGACUGUCCGGGCGGGUAUUCUGGUGAGAGAGUUACUGAAGGGGCGGGACUUCUGGUGAGUUUGUGAAGCAGUGACCCAUUUCCCAUGAUGCCCUUGGUGCAUUGUGUUUGAUUGACAGAGCAAGCUUCCCUCAAGUGCAUCACUUCCCAGUGCUAGGACACAGGACAUGGGGUGAGGUGUGUGGAGGCAGGGUUAGGGGACAGGCCCACCGAGGGGAGUACACCUAAACCCGCCCCUGUGGCCCUGCCCCUCCUGA